AUGAGUAAAUUACCGACUAGUCGUUUACCAGUAACACCAUCAAAAACAACAACUACUUCUAAAUCUGGUCUUCGUCCUCCUCAACAAUCUUCAACAGCUGCAGCUUCAUCUCAACAAGUCAGUCCAACUGGCGGAGAUUCUUCGAAUAACCCAUUCGUUAUUGGUGAUCGUGUUACUGCUAAUGGUAAAUCAGGCGCUGUAGCAUUUAUUGGUCCAACCAAAUUUGCUGAUGGUGAAUGGAUUGGUAUUAUUCUUGACGAAGCGCAAGGCAAAAACGAUGGUUCAUAUGAAGGUACUCGCUAUUUUGAAACUGAAGCAAAUCGUGGUUUAUUCUGUCGUGCUGCUAAAGUACAACGUCUUGUCCAAAAUGGUGCUAAUAGUGGUGGUGAGACAUCCGGUUCAGUAAAAUCUCAAACAACUCCAUUAAAUGAGUCAUCAAAAUUAUCUACAUCAACAUCUAAUUUAAAUAAAGGAGGUGAUGCUGAUGCAACAUUAGUAAAUACAACAGUAGUUGAUACUAGUAUAACUACAAAUGAACAAACUCUAUCAACAGAACCAUCUUCAACUCAAGAACUUCGUGUAGGUGAUCGAGUAGUUGUUAGUGGAACGAAAUUUGGUACUUUAAAAUAUCUUGGUAAAAUUCAUGUCGCUGAAGGUAUUUGGUGUGGUAUACAACUCGAUGAUCCACUGGGUAAAAAUGAUGGUAGUGUUAGUGGAAAACGAUAUUUCACAUGUCAACAACGCUAUGGUCUUUUUUCACCUUUGGCACGUGUAGAAAAAGUCACUAAUGAAAUGACACAAUCUCAAAUUCUAGCUCGGAAAGCAUCUAUUUCUUCAAGUACAAAUAAUCCUCAAUUACAUCGUUCAACAAGUCAAGAAUCUCUUCAUUCGAAUCUAUCUGAAUUUUCUACAUCAUCAAAUAGUAUAAGUCGUAUUCCAAUGCGUACACCUGGUAAAACUCAACAACAAAAAUUAGUAACAAAUACAAAUGUUUAUGGAACACCAAAUACAAAAUCAUUAUUAACACAAGCAGCCGCUACAUUAGCUGCUGUAACCCCAUCAUCAAAUCAAUUAACAAAUUUAGUUCAAACAAUAAAAGAAAAAGAUAUAUUUAUUGAAAAAUUACAAUCACAACGUGAACAAGAUCGUUUAGAAUUUUCUCGUGCAGCACAACAAGUUGAUGAAAUGGAAAGUCGUAUGUUAGCAUUUAAACAACAAUAUGAUGUUAAAGAAUUAGAAAAUGAACAAUUAAAAAAAGAACAAUAUCAAACAACACAACGUAUAGAAGAUUUAGAAUUUCAAUUAGAAGAAUAUAAAUUAACUGAUACAAAUAAGGAACAUCUGCCUACAUCAGUAAUACCAGAUGGUCAUCGUUUAUUAGCACCAAAAGAUAUUGAAAUUUAUGAGCAAAUUAAAGAAAAAGUUCUUGAACUUGAAUCAUUUAAUCAAAAAUUAGUUUUAGAAAAACAAACAUUACAAGAUGAACAUCGUCAAGAAUUAAAACGACAAAAUGAGAAUAUUGAAACGGAUUAUAAAUCUCGUUUCAAUGAAUUAGAACAAAAAUAUAAUGAUGAAUUAAAAAAUAAACAACUAAAUAAUAUUGAAUCAAUUAAAUCUGAAUAUGAAAUUAAAUUAAAUGAUAAAGAUAAACAAAUAAAUGAUUCUAUUGAAAAAAUUAAACAAGAAAAACAACAAGAAAUUGAUCAACUUAAAACACAGAUCAUUGAUCUUCAAAAUAAAGAACAAAAUAAAACAACAGCUUUAUCUGAAAAGGAAACUUUCUAUGAACAACAACUUCAAGAGCAACGAUUAAAAGUUGAACAAUUUAACAAAGAAAUACAAGAGGUCCAAUCUAGGCUAACAUCAUUACAACAAGAAAAAGAAACAAAUGAAAAACAAAUAAAUGAUUUACAUAAUGAACUUAAACGAUAUCAAGAAAGCCUUGUUCCUGAAUUAGAAAAACAAUGUCAAACAUUGAAAUCUGAUUUAGAAAAUCGAAGUCAUACAGCAGAUUUAGCAGUGAAUGAACGAGAAUCUCAAUAUGAACAAAAAAUUCAAGAAUAUCAAAUAAAUAUUAAUCAAGCUGUUCAAGAAACUGAUAAAGUUCGAAUGGAAUUAAAACAAAUACAUGAAGAAAAUCUUCUAAAAGAAAAACAAACGAAUGAAUUAAUAAAUACAUUAAAACAAGAUUAUGAAGAACAAUCGAAAAAACUUCGUAUCGAAUUAACAGAAUUAAAUGAUCGAGAAAAUAAAGCUAUGACAAAUUUUAAAGAACGUGAAUCAACUUUUGAAAUACAACUAAAAGAAUAUGAAAAUAAAUUCGGAAAAUUAAAUGAUCAACUUGAAACAAAUCAAUCGGAAUUAUUAAAAUUACAAGAAGAAAAAAAUUCUAAUGAGAAAAAAUCUACCGAGGCUAUAAAUACAUUAAAACAAGAUUAUGAAAGACAAUAUGAAAUCCUUAAAACUGAACUAACCGAAUUACAAGAUCGAGAUCGCACACAAAAUAUGGCAUCAAAUGAACGCGAAACUCACUAUGAAUCUCAAAUUAAAGAAUAUCAAACAAAACGAGAUCAAGCUGUUCGUGAAACACAAGAUCUUCGAAAUGAAUUAACAAAAUUACAAGAAGAUAAAAAUCUUAAUGAAACGAAAUUAAACGAAUCGAUUAGUACAAUAAAACAAGAUUUUGAAAAACAAAUUCAAUCUCUUAAAACACAAAUUAAUGAAUUAGAAAAUCAAAAUCAAACUAAAGCAAAUGAAUUUACUGAAAAAGAUCAACAGAUUAAAGAAUAUCAAUCAAAAUUAGAUGAAUUGAAUAAAGAAAAUACUCAAUUACGUGAACAAAUCGAACGUAAUCAACAGGAAAAUAAUAUAAAAAUUAAUCAAUUAGAAAAAGAAUUUCAUGAAAAACAACAAACACAAAAUGAAUCUACUCAACGUACUGAAAAUUUAACAAAAGAAUUUGAAGAAUUAAAAGUAUUAAAUGAAACAUUGAAAAAAGAUUGUCAAGAUUUACAAAAUAAAUAUAAUGAUACUCAAAAUGAAUGUCAAAAACAAAUAACAUCCAAUGAACAAUUAAAAAAUACCAAUGAUAAUAUUGUUAAUGAAAAACAAGCUUUAAUUGAUCAAUUAACAAAACAAAUAAAUGAUAUGCAACAGGUUCAAGCUGAACUUAUUGAAAAACAAAUCAAACAACAUGCUGAUUUCGAUCAACAACGUAUUGAAAAUACGAAUAAUCAAGAAAAAUUAUUUAAAGAUAAAACUGAAGAAUAUGAAAAAGAUCUAGUUUUAAUGAAAAGUCAAUAUCUCGUUCAAAUUGAAAAUAUGAAUCUUGAAAAUGAACAAGAGAAACUUCGUUUGAAAAAUCAACUUCAACAAGCCCUUCAAGCUAAUUCAGGGAAUGUAAAUACAUCAACUAGUAAUAGUAAUGUAAAACAACUUGAAUAUGAACUGACUGAAGCACGAUAUCAAAUAGAAAAAUUAGAAAAACAAAUUGUAGUCAAUACUACUAAAGAUGAUCGUUCGUCAUUAGAAGGUCAAAUUAAUUUUCUUAAUGAUGUUAUUGUUGAAUUACGCAAUACAAAUGAACAUUUAACAAAAGAAAUGGAAUUUCAAAAAAAUCCAUUUGCUGGAGAUGAUGAAUUAACUGGAAAUACAAAUGGUCGAAUGAAAUCAUCAGCUCCUCGACUUUAUUGUGACAUGUGUGAAGUAUUUGAUCAGCAUGAUACCGAUGAUUGUCCGAAACAAAGUUCACUUCUUGAUGAACAACCACAAAUAGAUCAUCAAACACGUGAACGAGUAUUACCACCACCAAGACUUUAUUGUGAAAAAUGCGAAGAAUUUGAUCAUGAUUGUAACGAAGCUGAUGAAACAUAUUAG